AAGCCUUGCUUAGCUUAAACACCUCUACUGUUAAGUGACAGAAUAAUUCUUGACAUCGUGGGCGCAGAACCUACUGGUCGUAUACUUGAUCGACGAAGCUCCUGUGGUAUUCUUUCCUUUCCGAAGACGUCUGAUGAUACGCGCUGUUGAUAAGCUAUGAUAAGAGGCACAGUCAAAUUCACUCUUCUGCUUACGGUGCUGGCGCCUAAAGUGUCUUCGGAUACUCACCUGCCACAGCUACACAAGAGGGAUAUACGAAAGUUUCUAGAUGUCAAUGAGGUCAUAUGGACAUACAAUAGCACCAGAGGCUCAACUCUAUUCUGCAGAAAAGACACCAAGUUAUACUCCAACGAAAAACUAAUUAGAUUUGAAAGAUCGCAUUUCUUGAAAUCUUCUAGGCUAUGGACGGAAAAGUACCUCAAAGGAAACUAUUCUGCUCUCUUCCCCUGGAAGAAUACUACUCAAAACUACCACAGUAUCUUCGUUGGUUCCAUAGGCACGAAAUGGAACAAAGAAGAACUCUUGGUGUACCAGAGCGAUGAUAACAGUUGUGGAGUGUUUAAGAUAUUCACCAGAGGAAAGCCUAUCGAUUUCUACCACGUCGAUCUACGGAUGAAAAAUUCGUCCGUUGAGCAAGGCCCGAGUGCCAAGUGCGUGGAAUCUUUCAUUAGGCGCUUGAAAAAACGGAAAAGCUACGUUCUGUAUCAUCCCGAAUGUCAAGCAAACGUUGUAUAUUACACAGAUGUAUUUACCCCACCCGUUCAAUAAAAUACGUUAUUGUGCAUUGAGGAGAAGAAAAAG